GUAUUAUAGCCAAGUUUGGUCUAAACCAAGGGAUGAGCCUUUACACCUUCGCUGUCUACCGGAAUGUUGUCGCCGCUCUUGUCUUUGCUCCUUUUGCUCUCCUCUUUGAAAGGAAAGUAAGGCCAAGGAUGACCACUUCUGUCUUCUUGAAGAUAAUGUUACUGGGCUUGUUGGAGCCUGUGAUAGACCGGAACUUGUUCUAUACUAGAAUGAAGUACACAACAGCUACUUUUGCCACUGCCAUGUGUAACAUUGUUCCUGCCAUGUUUUUUCUAAUGGCUUGUAUACUCAGAGAGAAGGACUUGGAUGAAGUAUUGCAGUCACAAACUGUUUAUUCAAAUGUUUCGAAGGGGGUUCUUGCCAAGUCAAAAGAUUUAGUAGCAGCUUUUGGGACAGAUGAUCAGACAAAUAUAUGCUUGGAGAUUUUGGACAAAGGAGAGCUACAAGUUGCUGGAAAGGAAAGGGAUUCUCAAUUAUCGAGUUAGUUUCGGGAUAUUGCUACCAUAGUUAUGCAGAAGACUAUUAACCCUGAGACUCAACGCCCUUAUACUAUUAGCAUGAUUCAGCGUCUGAUGCAUGAAAUCCAUUUUGCGGUUGAUCCCCAUAGUAGCUCAAAAAAACAGUCGCUAGAUGUUAUUCGGGAGCUUCAAAAGCACUUACCUAUAAAACUAUCUCCAAUGAGGCUACGGUUGUAUGUCCCAGAACAAAAAUUUUCUUCUCUUUCGGAGAAGCUCAAUGAUUGGACCGCUAGUAUUGUAUCGAAAGAUGAAUCUGGAAGUCAGCUCUCUAUUGUGCCUUACAUCACUACUGCUUUGAUGGAUGGGAAGCUUGGCACGGAAGGGCGCAAGGAUCUUUUUGAUUGGCUAUCAAGGCAACUUAGUGGAUUAAGCAAUUUUCCUGAUGUUGUAAAUCUAAAUUAUGUAUUGUUUCAAUUUGUUAUGUUGGAUGGAUGUGACUUGUGAAUGAAAACUUAGUAUAGUUGUAUUGUGUCGAAUGUUAAUGAUUCAGUUAAUUUGAAUGAUGUUUUAAAAUUAUAGGUU